AUGGGGUAUGGAGAUAAAUGGCGUAUGUGGAUUAAGGGGUGUCUUCAAUCUGCUGGACUUUCAGUUCUUAUAAAUGGGUCUCCAACUGCAGAAUUUGGAAUGGAAAAAGGCAUGAGGCAGGGUGACCCGCUGUCACCAUUCCUUUUUAUAAUCGCUAUGGAGGGACUCAACAUCGCGGUGAAAGCGGCUUGCCAGAAAGAUCUUUUCCAUGGAAUAAAAAUUCCACAUUCAGAAAUUUCAAUCUCUCACCUGUUCUAUGCCGAUGAUGCUAUUUUCGUGGGAGAGUGGAGUCAAAGCAACAUUAAGAACUUAGCAAGGGGUAUUAAGAUGUUUUCAGGUGGCGUCUGGGUUGAAGGUCAACUUCAACAAGUCUAUGGUUUUUGGUGUUGGAGUUGA